GUCGUUAACUGAAAAAUGACUGGCAGAGGCAAAGGUGGUAAGGGUCUGGGAAAAGGUGGCGCUAAGCGUCACAGGAAAGUUCUACGAGACAAUAUCCAAGGAAUCACGAAGCCCGCUAUCAGAAGAUUGGCCCGCCGCGGUGGGGUGAAACGUAUCUCUGGUUUGAUUUACGAAGAAACUAGAGGUGUACUUAAGGUAUUCCUAGAAAACGUUAUUAGAGACGCUGUAACUUACACCGAACACGCAAAAAGGAAGACUGUAACAGCAAUGGACGUCGUAUAUGCUUUGAAACGCCAAGGUCGUACGUUGUACGGUUUCGGAGGUUAAAUUUCACCAUCGAAAUAUUGCUAUCGGUCCUUUUCAGGACCACAAA